UAUUUUCAUUGAAUUUCGUCGCUAGCUCGGCUCAGGAACGACUAUGAACCAACCCGUUCUGUUUUCAUUCUAAAAUCUAACUCUUUUUUCUUUACCACCAAAAACAAGCCAUUUAUAAAAACCUUUGCGCUCCCAAAACCCAAAUCAUUUGAUUUCUUCUCAUUGAACCAAAAAAAAAAAAAAAUCAUUUGAUUUCUUGUCCAGAAAUCGUUCAUUUUUUUUUUGAAAAAAAAACCCAGAUCUGUGUAAUAGCACCCUCGGUUUUCUCUCAAAUUUAUGAUCUAACCUUCUUUUUUUUCCCCUUGAGCUACCAGAGACUAGUUUCUUUCUUUUUGUUAGGACGACCCUCGGUUUUGCCACUAUUUACGGCGUUACCCCUUUGGAAGAAACCCUAGCUUUGUUUCUUUCUUCUUUUUUUUUUGUAGUUGCGUACGGAUUUCGGUUUUCUAGGGUUUCGAAUCUGUUUUUUCGGAGUUUAGGGUUGUGAUAUGAAUAGUAGAGGGAGGUAUCCACCGGGAAUCGGUGUUGGCCGAGGGGGCGGAGUGAACGCGAACCCUAACUUUCAGUCGAGGCCUUCGCAACAACACUACGUGCAGAGGAAUUUGUUGCAGAAUCACCAUCACUUUCAACAACAACACCAGCAGCAACAACAACAGCAUCAGCAACAGCUGUGGCUCAGACGAGACCAGUUGCCCGGCGGCAAUGACUCCAGUGUGGUCGAUGAGGUCGAGAAGACCGUACAAUCUGAAGCCGUCGACUCUAGUUCGCAAGAUUGGAAGGCAAGGCUGAACGUACCGCCACCUGAUACACGCUACAAAACAGAGGACGUGACAGCUACCAAAGGAAAUGAAUUUGAGGACUAUUUUCUGAAACGUGAACUUCUUAUGGGAAUAUAUGAGAAGGGUUUUGAAAGACCAUCCCCUAUUCAGGAAGAGAGUAUUCCUAUUGCUUUAACCGGAAGUGAUAUUCUUGCUAGAGCCAAAAAUGGCACUGGGAAGACAGCAGCAUUUUGUAUUCCUGCCUUGGAAAAAAUUGACCAAGAUAACAAUGUUAUUCAAGUUGUCAUACUUGUUCCAACACGAGAACUGGCUCUUCAGACAUCACAAGUGUGCAAGGAGCUCGGGAAGCAUUUACAAAUUCAAGUCAUGGUCACAACUGGAGGUACCAGUCUCAAGGAUGAUAUCAUGCGACUGUAUCAACCAGUUCAUUUGCUGGUUGGAACUCCUGGCAGAAUUCUUGACCUUGCUAAAAAGGGUGUUUGCAUUUUGAAAGAUUGUUCAAUGCUUAUUAUGGACGAGGCAGAUAAACUUCUGUCUCCAGAGUUUCAACCUUCUAUAGAGCAGUUGAUACAUUUUCUUCCAGCAAAUCGUCAAAUUUUGAUGUUUUCAGCCACAUUUCCUGUUACUGUUAAGGACUUCAAAGACAGAUACCUAAAAAAACCUUAUAUUAUUAAUCUAAUGGAUGAGCUUACUCUGAAGGGUAUUACACAAUAUUAUGCUUUUGUGGAAGAAAGACAGAAAGUCCAUUGCCUGAAUACCCUUUUCUCUAAGCUGCAAAUAAACCAAUCAAUCAUUUUCUGCAACUCGGUCAAUCGGGUGGAGCUGUUGGCCAAGAAAAUUACGGAACUUGGCUAUUCUUGCUUUUAUAUUCACGCAAAAAUGCUUCAAGACCAUCGUAACAGAGUAUUUCAUGAUUUCCGCAACGGUGCAUGCAGGAACCUUGUUUGUACUGAUCUUUUUACAAGGGGUAUAGAUAUCCAAGCUGUGAAUGUUGUUAUUAACUUCGACUUCCCCAAGAACUCAGAAACAUACCUUCAUAGAGUUGGUCGAUCAGGAAGGUUUGGUCAUCUUGGAUUGGCUGUGAAUUUGAUCACUUACGAGGACCGCUUUAACUUGUAUAGGAUUGAACAAGAACUUGGGACUGAAAUUAAGCAAAUUCCUCCACACAUCGAUCAGGCAAUUUACUGCCGAUGAUUUAUGCAGGAUAUUUCCUGCUUUGCCUAUGGUGGUCAACAACGGGUCAGUGGAGCUGAUCUAUCAAGGUGUUUGCCUUGGCAAAUGGGUGUGCGUUCAAAAAAGUUAGGUGGUGAUGGUGCUGUAUGCAUGUGUAAGCCCUCAAUGCUACUAGCAAUUUCUCAAAAUUCAGUAGUCCUGAAACGUUGACAGGAUAGUAGGAGAGAAUGUAGAAAGUUGUGCUUUUGAUUUUGUUAACAUGUGGUUUGGUACUUCCUACCCUUAUGCUAGUCGGAUCAUGGUGGAACUGUUUCAAGGGUUGUAGCUUUGUGCAAGAAAUUUAUUUUUUGAUUAUGCUGGCUCAUCUUUUGUCAUAUGAAUAAAUAAAGGCAUCUGACAUUUAAAAAGAAA